AUGGGAGGGGCCCCCAAAGCCCCUGCAGCAAGGGCUUCAGGUGUACAGACACCGGGAACGGCCCCGAAGGGCUGCUGCAGCGGUGAAUCAAAAGCUGAGGAGGCUUUUAUCGUGGAGGCCAAGACAAGCCCUCCAGCGGGAGCAGCAGCAGAUGCUGCUGCUUUUGCUGCUGCUGCUGCUGAUUCACUGCAGCAGCCGCUGCUAUUGCUCGGUGAAGCAGCAGUUGCAGCUGCUGCUGCUAGUGAGUCGGCUGCUGCUGCGGUGAAAGGAGCAGCAGCUGCAGCAGAAGCAGAAGCAACGGGAGCAGUAGGUCCGAGGCUGCUCCCAGUGACCUUCUAA